UGCCACAAUAGAUGAUUUGAGUAAAUUCACUGCCAGUAACCAUUCACGCUCUCGCCGUGGUCUUAUAAACGCAGUUGGAAAUAUUGCACACGCAUUUUUUGGUGUCAUUGACGAGGACACCCUUAACAGCCGUCUUGCUGACUAUAAGUCAUCCCUACAUAACGUCAUUGCAAGAUUUGAUUCUUCGGUUCAUGCAUUAGAUUACAUUAGUAGGAACGUUAAGUCACUCUCCACCUUAUGCUCCAGUAUUGAGGAACAGUUACAUACCUUAUCCAAGGAUAUCACUAACGUACAACGAUUCACCCACUUCGGUAUUAGCGUAUUUUCUUAUCAGUUAGCUAUACGUAAUUUCAUGAGUGAUGUAGAGCGUUUCAGUACAGACCUAAUAAUGGCUGCCCGUGGUGAGGUCCUCCCAGGCUUAAUAUCCCCACAUGAUAUGCAUAACUUCAUAACCAGGGUCACCUCUAUGUCUUACCAAACCCUUUUUAAACUUGGAGACACAACACUCUUCUACACCCAUCUACGUUCUUACCUGACACCCCGUGGCCUGUCCGUCCUUAUACCCCUCCUACCCUUAAUCACAUUUCAAACAUACCGUAUACACCCCUUUCCUCACAUUACUAACAGUACCCCAUGUAUCCUCUCUUCUGCCCCCACUAUCAUCCUUAAGUCCCUGCAAGGUCAGUCCCUAUCCAUUCCAUCCCCUGACUUCCUUGAUGGUUGUCUACGGCCAUCACCCCGUCGUUUCAUAUGCUACACCCACACCUUACCACAAACCAGUUAUAGCAUUCCAUCUUGUUCACGUGCCCUCAUGUCUACCAUCAACAUACACUCCCAGUGCACUUUUGACGAGAUUCCCCUUUCACCAUAUCCUUUUGUCCUGUCCUUACCUGAUGCACCCAAUGACACACUUAUCACAGGCACAUUUGUACUACCCCACACUUGCCAACUCACUACUUCUUCGAUUACCAUACCAGCAACACGCGUCUUACUAAUGUCUACCAGGCUAAGUGCUCCGGUGAUCACCCCUUUUAGCUUACCACUACCAGCAUUUAAUGUAACACUACCAAGAUCAAGCCUUCG